UGUGUGGCUCCAGAAGGGAGGAGUCAUGCACCUGUGAAUCUCCACCUGGCUGCCAGAAAAAGCGAGACAGCCAAGCCGGAGAGGAGGCAAAAGAGAAAAGAAAGAGAGAAGCAAAUUAAAUUCAGGAGAAGACAUAAGACAUAAAUCAGUUUCAGGGCUCCAAUAGGGCGAUGACCUCACCUGCUGGACUCGACUGUGCAAAGAACUGAAAUACGGAACAGUGGGAUAGUGAACUCUGGAAGGCUGAUAAUAACAUCUCAACGGACAUACGUUCACCUGCACAGAGCUGUCAAAGUGUGUUUAAGUCUCAAUGGCAACCGCAGAACCUGCACCUUCCUGGUGGAAACUGACCUUCCUGCGUAAGAAGAAAUCAGAGCCAAAGGUGUUGUAUGAAAUCCCCGGAGAGCACGGCAGCAACACCGGGGAGACACCCGACACAGCUGCAGACAGCCAGUUUAACACCCGCCUGGAACGCAUUGUGGACAAAACAGCAACAAAGGGACGCCAUGUGAAAGUCUCCAAUUCAGGCCGCUUUAAAGAAAAGAAGAGAAUUCGUUCGACACUAGCAGAAAACCCUGAGCUAUUCCCUGAGAAAGAACCUACCACUAAUGAGAAUAAUAAAACCGGAAAGUAGAGUCACUGUGUAAACAUACUAGCAUGUGUGUAAAGCAGUUGAGAGGGCCUCGGUCUAUGCAGCACUCUUCCAUUGACGUCCUCCACAGUUUACAAUCACCUGAGGCUGAGCUGCCUGAAGAGAGAAAAGGAACACUAAAUUAGUGAAUGAUCUAGUCAGAUUUUUGGGAACAAAGAGAGCAACAAGCUUAAUGAUCAGGUUUCUGCACAGUCGGACUGCAACCUAAUGUUUUUGUUCAAAUCACUGUGGUUGAAUAGUCGACAUUUAACUUCACAUAAAAUGUUUAGCACACAGAAAAAUUCACCGAAAGGGAACCAAAUGAAUCAAUACCAGCACAAGAAAAGAUUUUAUGUGGUGCAAAGUGCAAUACCAGCUACAGCACUUUUGAUUUAGAAGAUUGAAGAAUUUAUUCAGGAAUAUUAUCAAAAAUAAGAGUAUGUUACUAUAUCAAAAUACCAUAUGGACUGUUAUUCUAAUCUUUACUGUAAAUCUAUAGAUAUUCUUUGAAUCCCUGUACAUGCAAUUCGACUCUAUGCAUCAUAACAAUCUGGAAUAACAGCUGCUACAUGUUAUAUGGCUUCCAAACCACCUGCUAGACAAAAUUGUUGUUUGUUUUGAAUAAAUGUGCCUGUUGCAAUUAUAAACUAUUCUAUGUAUGUGGUUCUACACUCAAAAUUCACUUUGAUUACAAAAUUCAA